CUAAUAGCACCCACCUGCGAGCGUGACGUUCUUUUACGCAUACAUUUGCGAGGAAACAGAACGUGACAAUGGAAACGAAAUAUAUUUAUUUUUUGUUUUGUGUUGUAUUAUUUUUUGGGUGCUGCGAAAUGAGCUUGAAGUUCACCGACAGGCCAAUUGAAGUUACAAAACUAGGCAGUCCACAUUCCAAACAUCACACCUCUCGCGGGUUUCUUGACCAUGAUCCAACAGUUGGAAAAAAACGUUUCAACCGGACAUACCUUCCAGACGUCUUGCUGACCUGCUCAGCGUUCGACUUGGUCGUCCGGGUCAAGCCAUCUUUCUACGGAUUCGGUGCAGACGAGUCAGAGCUCCAAUUGGGCCAAAGCUGCCGAAGCAACGGUGUCCUGAGACCGUACGGAGACCUGCUCUUUGCAUAUCCCCUGACGGCGUGCGGCUCCCGGAAAGAAUCAACGAGCGACUUCUUGGUCUACAAAUUCACUCUCCAUUAUGAACCUUCAACGGAGAGGUUUCCAAGCGGAGCGCCUCGGUUUGACGUCGUAAUUGAAUGUCGUUAUCAAAGGUACAACUAUGUACACCAACUCGCAGUCAAGCCCACUUGGACGACAGUGCAUUUGCGGAAAAAUCUGAGAGUGCAUCCAAAUGAGUUCCAAAUCCAUUUGAUGGAUGAUUCAUGGAGCAACCCGGUCAAAAAUCAAGUGUUCCGGCUUGGCCAGAAAGUUAAUGUCCAGGUCUCUGCUCCACAUCUGCCUACCAGAAGGAGACUGUACAUCAACAACUGCUUCGCUUUACCAGACAAUAACUCUUCUAUAUCCCACAAAUACACUAUUAUUGGCAAUUUGGGGUGUAUGCUGGACAGCAAGCGGGACCCUGGCGGGGCUUCUCGGUUCAUCUCACGCGCUAAUAAGACCCUGAGAUUUUCGUUCAAAGCCUUCCAGUUUAUUUUUGAUCCGGAGAGUGAGAUCAGCAUUUACUGCAAAUUGUUUGCUUCAUCCAAAGAACCAAGUCCAGCUCAGAAAUCAUGCUCUUACAGAAACAAAAGGUGGAAGGCUCUCUUGGGACAUGACUCUAUAUGCCAGUGCUGUGAUUCACAGUGUGGGAGCUCAAAGUCAAAGAGAAUAAGCAUAGAAGGUUCUGUAAGAAGUGCCCUGUUGGUUGCGGAUCAGCCACUUGUUAUUGAGGAAGGCUUACUACGUGUCAGUAGAAUGACUCAACCUCAACAUGUGCACAGUGGUGACAUCUUGUGGCCAAAUGAUGAUGUACCCAAAAAUGAUAAAGAUUAUGGAGGAAAAAGUGUGAUUCUGAGGGGAAAGCUAGGACAUACCGUUGGGAAAGUCGACCUUGAGAAGAAAAAGUCUGAAGAGGCAGGUUUAAAAGGGUUCAUAAAGGAUGGAUAUGAUGUGGUGGAGGAAGAAUUUAAAGGCCUAGGUGCCAAACAUGCGAUCCAAGAUGAUGAAAUCAAAAGGGAAGAGUUGAGAGACCAAGUGAGAAUGGAGCAUAUGUUAGUUUCACAAGUCCCUGAGCAAAAACUAGUUCCAAAACUUAAUACUGAAGGUGAUGAAGGAAACAAACACACAAAUGGGACAAAAGAGGCUGCAAAAACGCAAUCCUCUGACGUCCAAAAUAAUUAUGAGCAGGUAGAUGAUAAAGAGCUGGCUUGGUAUUUUUCAUGGACGUAGUAUAAUUGAAUGCAUCAAUCUUCAUGGAAAUAUUUUUGUUUGACAUUAAAACACUGUACAUGUGGCAGUUUUUGUAGUUUCUUGUAGAACUAUCUUGUUAUUCAACAAUCCUGACAUUAAAUCAUUAAAGUUAUAGCUUAGAACAGAUGUGAAACCUGAAAUAACAGUCGAACAAGUUGCCUGAUUUAUUACCCUCAACAGCAAAACCCACACAUAAGUAACAGACCAUAUAACGGUGUUCAUAAGUCUUUAUUUUUUUCCUUAUAUAAAAUGAUUUAUUACAUUAGUUUUGGAAAGUGGGGAGAGUUCAAAGCAAAAUAAUCCCACUAUUUGAGUCAUAACAGCAGCAGAAACAGUGUUUCGGUAUUACUUGACAGUGAUUAUUAACUGACCCCCAAUUAUACAUAAUAGGCCAUGGACACGAAUCCUUAAAGGAAAAAAACAUACGAUAUGUGUAAGAGUGAUGCAUAAACUCAUUAUUUUAGAGAUUUACACAACUUUGCAAAGAGGACUGUGGGCAUCCGCUUUUUGAAAAAUAACUUAAGAUUUGUUUUCUUAAACGUGUUCGGAAACAUCUUUGGUAAAUUUGAGAACAAACCAGAUUUAGCUUUAUUUACAGAAGAGGGCGCCCUGAAGUCCCAUUGUCAGAUUUCGGACAGGCACCGAUUCAGCAGGUCAUACAAAAGUGGUACAAUCAUUUUCAAACACUCAAGGGCAGCGUAUUUCAAUGGUUUCUUGCACAAGUAAAGCUCAAAAUGCCAUGUGACAGGAAAAAUGUGCUGUAGCUAUUAAACUGUUGAAUGUACACUUGAAAAACCCACACCAUUUGCAUCAAUGAAUUUUCUUACAUCUUAACAGUAAAAUCCAUCGUUUGAAGGGAUCAUGUCUCUCCUCCUCCAGCACUACCUGCUUCUGCACUAUUUGAUUUCCCUGCAGCGUCUAAAGUUGGAGAGAAAAAAAAAG